AUGACGACUGCCAAUGGAGGGACAUCCCACAUCGUGAGUGGAGAGGCCGUUUCCCUGUUUUCAAGGGCGAACCUCCUCGGAUCCGUGUGCCGGAGCGCGGCCAAGACCGGAGACAAGCUUCCACUACUGCGGGAGCGGAUGGAAGCUCGAUCACACAUCCCCGCAGUUCACGUCAUGAAUCCCUCCCUCGCCGUCAUGAAGCAAGAAAAUUCGGAGCUGAGACAUGGCCUGCUGAUGCUGCGAAGACGGCGGCAAGACGGUCUGGACCUCUGGGCUAGAGAAGUUGACGAAGGUGACAUCACGCUGGUUAUUGGACGAGAAUGGAUGAACAUCGUGCGUCGAGAAGCAGUAUUUGAUGCUCUCUGUCCCACGGCUUAA